AUGGAGUUGGAGUUGAGGACAAGUCUGUGGAGGACGGCGAGGCCAGCGGCGUCGCUCCAGCAGCCCGAAAGGGAGCUGUUGGGUCUUUUAAAAGCAUUUUCUUUCUUUUUAAAACUCCCAAAGGACUUCUUUGCGGAGUCUUUGCGGAAGCUGGAGUCGGCGGCGGAAGAAAGGCGGCUGCGGGUGGCCCAGCCGACGCCGAAGCCGCAGGCGGCACACGGAAGCAGAAACCCGAGCACGCGGCUCAUAUUUGCGCCAUUUCAAGACAGCAAAGACGAAAAUAAACAAAAAAUUCAACUUCUCAUGAUUAAAACGAUUAAAAUGAACCUUUUCCCCGCCGAAACUCCGGAAUUCAAGUUUUGCAACUUGCUGUUCUGCCAGCAGCUGCAAGUUCUGGGGUGUCUGUACACCGCGCGCGCAGAGUGA